AUGGCACCCAAGGCGGAGAAAAAGCCGGUGGCGACGGAGAAGGCACCGGCGGGGAAGAAGCCGGCGGCAGAGAAGCGGGCGGCGGCGUCCAAGGAGGGCGGUGAGAAGAAGGGCAAGAAGAAGUCCAAGAAGAGCGUGGAGACGUACAAGAUUUACAUCUUCAAGGUGCUCAAGCAGGUGCACCCCGACAUCGGCAUCUCCUCCAAGGCCAUGUCCAUCAUGAACUCCUUCAUCAACGAUAUCUUCGAGAAGCUCGCCGGCGAGUCUGCCAAGCUCGCCCGAUACAACAAGAAGCCCACCAUCACCUCCCGGGAGAUCCAGACCUCCGUCCGCCUCGUCCUCCCCGGCGAGCUCGCCAAGCAUGCUGUGUCCGAGGGCACCAAGGCCGUCACCAAGUUCACAUCUUCCUAGGCGUCAUACUCGGUUCA